UAAAUCCCGCGUCCCGUCCUGCCACGGAAGCAGGGCAGGCAGCGAAAGGAAGGAGCGGCUGUUCCGUCCAGCAGGUCGGCUCAGAAAUGGGGGAAAUCAUCUUGCCACGGCGCAUGUUCCUCUGGUGCAUGGCGGUCAUCUAUCUGGCUGCCUUUGUUUCCCUCUAUAUGCAGAUACCAGGUCUCUAUGGUAAUGAGGGGUUGUUGCCUGCUCGCUGGCAGCUGCGGUACAGCGGUAAGCCUCUAGGGGAACAGCUGCUGUCCUCUCCCACCCUGCUGUGGCUGGGACCUCAUCUCGGCUUGGACACGCAAACCGCUAUGGAGCUGCUGUGUCUUAUAGGGGCAGUGCUGAGCCUCGCCGCCUUGCUGGUGGAGGCGCUGAGAGACAGCAUGGUGUAUUUCUGCCUCUGGGCCUUGUACCUGUCCAUGUAUCAAGUGGGCCAGGUUUUUCUCUACUUCCAGUGGGACAACUUGCUUCUGGAGACGGGAUUCCUCUGUAUCCUUGUUGCUCCACUGACAUUAAUCAGAGGGUCACGAGGGGUCAGAGAGCAUGAUGGUGUGACCUUCUGGCUGAUCCGCUGGUUGCUCUUCAGGCUCAUGUUUGCCUCUGGUGUGGUGAAACUCACGUCACGUUGUCCCACAUGGUGGGGCCUUACAGCUCUGACAUAUCACUAUGAGACUCAGUGUAUCCCCACCCCACCAGCCUGGUUUGCUCACCAGUUGCCAGUGUGGUGGCAGAAGCUGAGUGUGGUGGGGACCUUCGUUAUAGAGAUCGCUGCACCCCUGCUUUUCUUCAGCCCACUGCGCAGACUCCGGCUUGGGGCUUUUUACUUGCAGGUGUUGCUUCAAGUGCUCAUCAUUUUGACUGGAAACUACAAUUUCUUCAACCUGCUGACUUUGACCCUCUGUACGUCUCUUCUGGACAACCAGCAUGUACACUUCUGGCUACGCAAGGCAGACAAGAUCAGCAACAAUGACUCCAAGCUGUGUUCGUGUCUGUGUUACAUGCUGGAGCUGGCAGUCUGGUCUCUCAUGAUCUUCGGAACAAUUGUAUGCUUUGACCUACAGUUGGAUACAACGAAGAGCGUCAUCACCUCACGGACAGCAUUCACAUACCACCAGCUUAACCAAUUUCUGAAGACUGUCACUAUCCCCUGUAUCUGGAUUGGUGUUCUCUCUCUCACCUGGGAGAUAGUCACAGCCAUGUUCAGAUGUGCGUGUGUCUCUGGUUUCCUGAAGAGGUUUUGUGGAACUGUCCAGUGGACUGUGUUUGCUGCUGCCACCGCUGCUAUGUUCACUAUUAGUCUGGUGCCAUUCACCUACAUAGAGUUUGACUCUAAUGCCAGGUUGUGGCCUGGAGUACAUCGGGCCUAUGAGCUGGUGGAUCGCUACCAGCUGGUCAACUCAUAUGGCCUGUUCAGAAGGAUGACCGGGGUCAGUGGGCGGCCAGAGGUUGUCAUCGAGGGAAGCAGCGAUGGAGUCGUGUGGACCGAGAUUGAGUUUAUGUAUAAGCCAGGCAACCUAAGUGCACCUCCUCCUGUGGUGACACCUCACCAGCCCAGGUUGGACUGGCAAAUGUGGUUUGCUGCCCUCGGGGCUCAUACACAGGCUCCAUGGUUCACCAGCCUCAUAUACCGACUGCUGCAGGGCAAAAGAGAUGUGAUAGAGUUGAUCCAGACAGAUGUAUCUCAGUAUCCAUUCCACCAGCAGCCUCCUGCCUACCUCCGAGCCCACCGCUACAGAUACUGGUUUACUGAACCAAAGGCUGACGGUUCUUACCCACAGCGUUGGUGGAGGAGGGUCUAUGAUGAGGAAUUCUAUCCCACAGUGCACCUGGGCAACACCUUCCUGGAGAGCAUGCUCAACCAAUAUAAACUCAAGGACAAAUCAUCACCACAUCGUAUGUCCAACACCACUGUUGCCCGGGCGGUGAGGUGGGUGCGCUCUAAGGUCAGAGGUGUUCCUGCCCACAUACUAAUCUGGACCCUGAUUGUCUGCAGCACCGCCUUCUGUCUGCUCCAGGGAUUGCAAAACAGGAACAAACACACGACUGUGAACAAUCACACAGAAAAUGUGUCUAACGGCUCUUCAGACCAUUUUGGGAAGUCAGAUGAACAGCAGGCAGCGGAGGAGGAGGAGAAGGAAGAUGAAGAGGACCGCGAAGAUGAGGUGGAGGAGGUCGAAGGAGGGGAGAAAGACGAUGAAGAGGAUGAGGCACGAGAGGAGGAGGAGGAAGACAGGACAGAAAAAGAUGAGAUCCCCCGAAAGAGAAAGUUUUGAAAAAGAUGCAGGUAAUCCCGUAGUAGACUGUUUUCACCACCUGCCUUCAUAAAAAAAUGACCAAAAUGACCAAAGAAGUUGUUCUCUGUAUAUUUGUAUUUCCUGAUCAGCCAAUUAUGGAAAAAUAAGUUUAUUUGCCUUCUCCCACCUACACCUUAUUACAGUACAUUGUUCAUAUAUUAGUUAUAUCAGAAAGCAAUCACUCUAUUCAGCAGAUCUUUCCAGGUGUUUAUAGAUUUUAAAACCUUCCUGGUUCUGACUUAUGUUGAUUCAAAGUGAAAUCUAGUCAUCAGAUCAAAUCAUGCUCAAAGUAGAGAGGAAAUUUAUAAUAUAAGGUGGGUUCUGUUUUACCCAUCAAGAGAGUAAAUGUGUGUUGUUCAUGUUACUCUUUGUCUACUGUUAUUGGUGUGUUGCACUUGUAUGUAAGUGUGUGUGUUUGCUUAAGGUAUUUUAUUUGUGUCACUGUGGUCUCUUGCCUCUUGCUGUACAGAACUAAAACAAUUCUGCACUUUCUUUUUUUUUUUUUUUUUUACGAAUGUGUCUUGUUUCUGUCAGUAUUAGAAAUUAAACAUCACAAAUUAAUGUAGUGCUUUUUAAAAGGUUUUUAUAACAUUAAAAUACAAUAAAAUAGAAAUGCA